AUGGGUAAGAAGAACACAAAAGGUGGUAAAAAAGGUAGAAGAGGAAAGAACGAAACCGACGGUCCAAAGCGUGAAUUAUAUUACAAGGAAGAAGGCCAAGAAUAUGCACAAAUCACCAAAAUGUUGGGUAACGGUAGAGUCGAAGCUACCUGUUUCGAUGGUAUCAAAAGAAUGGCCCACAUUAGAGGUAAGUUAAGAAAGAAGGUCUGGAUGGGUCAAGGUGAUAUCAUCCUUGUCUCAUUGAGAGAUUUCCAAGAUGAUCAAUGUGAUGUCGUCCACAAAUAUAACUUAGAUGAAGCUAGAACUUUAAAGAACCAAGGUGAAUUACCAGAAAAUGCUAAGAUUAAUGAAGGUGAAAACUUCGGUUUCGAAUCUGAUGAAGAAGUCAACUUCGAAUUCGGUAACGCUGAUGAUGAUGAAGAUGAAGAUGGUGAUGACGACUUAGAUAUCGAUGAUAUCUAA